AGGAGGUAGGUAGAACCAGCACGAGUGAGAGCGAGCGGGCGCUAGAGAGAGGGAGAAGGAGUGCGUCUGCGUUGCAAUGGAAUAAAAACUGCGCAAUUUCAAAUCUCCAGCACUUAUUUGAUCCCGCUUUCUUUACAAAAUAAAGCCAUGCUCUUCGCCCGAUGCAGGAUGGAUAUACAACCGAGAUUCCAGUCGUGUUGUGAAUUUAUUUUCCAGUUAUAGCUACUCGGAUUAGCGAUUUUAUAAACUGAUGUUGGUUAAGGUUUUAAGAGGAGCCGUGUUGUCAUUUUUAGGAACACGUAGCUAGUUAGCCAGUUAUAUGAUACGAUUGGCCAAACAUGAAGACAAGGACGGUUGUUUCGCGUGUGAAGAAUUGUAGCUAUAUUAAUUACUAAACGUUACGUUAAUGAUGUGUUUAGCUAAACGUUCAAAUUGUAGCGACGGUUUCGUAAUGUAUCUGCGUAUACGCCUGUGCUCAUGCAGACAUUUUAAAAUGCAUAUGGAUUUUUGGAUGCACAAUCCCAUUACAUAAUUUUUGGGGUACAUUUUAAGGCUGCGUGGCUGCAUGACUGUCAAUCAAGAAGGGAAAAUGAAGAUACGGAGUGCAUUUUUAAUCUGCUGAAAUAUUUAAGGAUCAUGACCAUGGUACCUCCCAAACGGAUUCAAUGUUUCACACAAGUGUAUAAUCAAAGAAACGCACACGGACCAGCGCAGCUGCGGAACGGCUCCCAGGACUGCCACCGGAAAUGCUCUCGCCCCCUGCCCCCCGAUACGAGAGGGAGGCCCGGCACUGUGGGAAGACUGGCGGGUGGGGGUUCCGCAUAGACUGUGGGACUGUGCGAAGAUGGGACUGUGCGAACGUCGGCCGGUCGGACACGCCAGAACGUUGUAUUUCGAGCGUGGCCUUAGGAGCAGGAUUAGAAUGGCCGUUUAAGAACGCUGACCAUCAUGUUGACAAGGAUGUGCACUUGUGGGGACGUGCUGACCGGCUGAGCGGGUAGAUCCUGAAACACGGCUUUCCCCACAGACCAGCACGGAGAGACGCACUGCUGAGGGAAUCCCAACCAUGAUGAUUGGCUGCUAGAAUCGAAGCCGAAGCGUGAUUGGUUGCGGUUGUGAAGCCGCUCAUCAAUGCUAAUCUGAACGUUCCCUUGUAGGCUCCAAGUGGCUCUGAGCAGAAGGCAGACAGACAGACAGACAGGCAGGCAGACAGACAGACGGUCUCCCCUAGGUGUUGGGGUGCAACCCUCUCAUUGCUGCAGUGGAGGGCUUUACAGACUCCGCUAGUGUGGCUGGAUGCAUCACCCAGCGGAGCAGUUUGGUGGGCGUGGCACACGGGACUCUUUCCCUCUGGACGGACUGAACCGAGGACCAUGGGCUCCCGUGGGGGGCCGCGCCUGGGCCCCUCCCCCCAGGUGCUCUCCCAGUGCCAAUCAGCCCAUCCCCCACUUACCCCCAAGUCACAUGACCGGCCAGAACCAUCCAAAUAAAUUUUAUAAUAAUGGGCCCCCGGUUCGAGGCGUAGAUAAGCUGGAGCUGUCUCCGUCGGUGGGGCCGCCCCUGCAGCGGGACCAGAGGCAGCCCCGCGUCUGGGAGCAGCUGGGACACCUAUACGAGCAGGAGCCUAAGCCUGAGGACCCCGUCCGCUCCUACCAGGGCCCCGCCCGGCCCCACAACGGCUACAGUGCGGGCCCCGGGGGCCACUUCGCCCCCCGCACUAACCAGCUGCCCAGGUUUGGGGGUCCCCACCUGCAGCAUGGCUCCAGGAACAGCGUCUCCCUCGGGGAGGUGUGGAACCCCAUUCAGCAGCAGCCCAGGGGAUUCCCAGGAAAGAUGAUGGGGGGCCAGCUGAAGAGGCCCGCGCCCCCCCUCGGGGAACACUCGGUCAUCCAGCACGCCCCGCCCCCACCUCUCCACCACCCGGCGCCCCCCAGUGAAGACUGCCCGAGCCCCAGCAAGAGGAACAGAGGACCCAGCUCCGAGCAGAUCCCCCACCCAGGAAUGCAGCGUUACCCUCUCCCAGGACACCCACAGGCACCCCUGCACCCUCCGUCUCAGUACCCUCCACCCAAACCAGGCUUCUGGAACCCGCUGCAUAAGACGGGGGGUCCCUGGCCCCCACCCGACCGGAAGGGCGGUCCCAUGGACUUCCAGCCCCAGGACAUGGGGGGAUACCCUUACAAACCCCCUCCUGGCGGGCCGACCCCGGUCUCCCCGCCCCCCCUGUCGUCUUUGGGCUAUGGUCCGGGCCGCGGGACCCACCCAGCCAAGCUGCCCCUCCCACCUCAGGGACUAGGGAAGCCUCCUCACAACCCCCACCUGCCCUACUCCCUCCCCAGCCACCCAGGCCACCCCACCCACCCCCAGCCGGGCCGCGACGUCCGGGUCGAAUCCCGGGGUGGUCCCACUCAGCGAGGUCCCGAUGGGGCCGGCGUUGGGGGGACCCUGCCCCCCCGUGGAGAGCGGGACAGAGGGAGACCGGCCCCGUCACCAGCAAACCUCACCGGCGUGCCUUACAGCCACCACAGUACCCACCACCAGCCCCCCCCUGGGCACGGGCACAUGGGACCCCUGGGCCCCCCCACUGUACCUCAGCACACGCCCCCAGAGGCUUGGAGGCCCCACGCCCGGCACCACGGCCACCCUCUGGAUUCGGGUCGCUACGGGCCUGUUCUAGAAUCUCAGGGUCAGCAGCAGCAGCAGCAUCAUCGAAUUGGGGAAGGGAGGGGCGAGGAAAACGCCCAGCGUACCAGCCCCCCGCAGGAACCUCCCCGAGCCCCCGUAAUCACCUCCAGCACCCUUGAGCCUCCUCACCAAACCGGCCUCUGCCUCAGCAGCAGCACCCGCGGCACCCACGCUGCCACGACAGCGCCCCCUGCUGUUUCUAUGGCAUCCGGCAGCCUUGGCUGGGGUGGCAAAGAUCCCCUCCUGCUCCCCCCCGUCCUGCCCCAGCUGCCCCGCAUGUGCCCACCGCUGAUUCUCCCAGGUCUUAACGGCCCUCCCACAGGCACUGCCAGUAUGUACCACAAGGAGGCACAGUUGCGCCCCCCACCCUCUUCGGUGCAGGUCAAACCCUACCUGGGGCUGCCUAAUCCCCCUCCCAUGUCCUCCUCCCCUUGCUCAGGUUUCCAAAGGUCAGGGGUCAUCACCAGCACAGCCUCCAGCAGCCCCCAGCAAACCGUGAGCUCCAAACUGCAUCUGUCUGCUCCUGCGCCCCUUACCGCUGCCCCUGCCCCUGCCCCAAAGCGUCCACCCAUCCCAGAAUACCCCAAAAUUCCCCAGCGGUCUCCUCCUGCUCUCAAGCCUUCCUCAGCCCCUGCUGGCCCCAAAGUCUGCCCGCCAAGGCACAUACCCACGCCCCCUGCACCUCGACCUCCUUCGGCUCCGUCCUACCCCACUCUCUGCCCCCCGCAGAAGCCUACCGGCCCCCAGACCAUCCAGGAGGCCCUGGACAAGCUGGAGGCGGAGCUGAAAGGACACAUGCAGGCCGAGGAGGAACACCGGGUCCAAGAACGGGCCAAGAAACUUGACGAGGAAAGAAAAAUUCCAGAAAGGCGGAAGGAGGUAGAAAAGGGUGGGAAACGUGAGGAAGAACAUGCCAUCGAGAAUCUAGAGAGGCUUCUUUCGGCGAGUGUCCCCGGACCUCCUCCUCUCUCCUCGGUGUCCACCCCGUCCCCCCCCUCAAUGAAGCCUGCACCCUCCUACCCCUGGUUGAGCCGGGGUGGGGCUCCCCCUCUUCCCUCGGGACAAACGGCACCUCCCUCCCGGCCACCCCUGUUGACCCCCCAGACGGAGUUCGCCAGAGAGAAGCAGAGACAGAGAGAGAGGUGGGCUGGUGCCAGCGGGACGUCCCACAGUCCCAACUCACAGAAUACCUCAGGAACCACCUGCCCUCCUUACCUUAGCUCAACUGUCCCUGCCCUGCCCACUUCCCUUGAAAACAAGGUAGGACGUCCUGUGAUGCAGCCCACCCCCACGCCAUCCAAAGACUCCCCCAAGGAGAUGGCCGGUAGAGAGGGUGGCCUGCUGGCCCCUUUGCUCCGGAAGCCUCCUAAACUCUUGCAGGGCUUACCGAGGGAGGCCUUGUCCUCCUCCAACAGCAGCCAUGGUCUUUCCAGCACUAACACCACGGUCACCACUGGGCACAAGCCAGCUGGCCUUGCUGGGGGCCUGAGCAGGUUACAGGGCAGCAUCAGCACCUGCAACUCUGACUCGGACAGCGCUCAGUUUGAGGAAGAGCCUCCCGAGCUGUCCACCAUCCUGCCCGAUGGGCUGGCCAACAUCAUGAAGAUGCUGGAUGAGUCCAUCAAGAAAGAGGAGGAGAUGUGCUCGGGCCAGGAGAUUGGCCGCUAUUCACCCCCAUCCCCCCUGCAAGGCUACCUGUGUGCCCCCAAUCUCAUUCCCGCACCCCGGCAGCACCCUGUGGAGGACCUGGGGACCAACGCCCAUGCCAGCCCGCCUGUACUCAGCAGGCAGGGGUCACUGGCGUCUUCGUUGUGUGAGGAAGAAGAGGAAGAGGCAGUGAAGGUGGCUCCAAAACCCAGCCAGGGCAGUGCUCCAUCCACAGCUCCCUUCCUUUCACAGGCCCAGGAUGCCAGGGAGGUAGCGGGUGCAGAUUACCGCCACAGUGACCUGGCAAAGCUGUAUGGCCUUCCAGACCCAGCCAAGGGAGAUGGCGAAGACGACGAGGACGAGGAUGAAGAGGACGAAGAAGGCAACGAUGCAUCCUGCUCACCGCCACCACAGAGACCACACCUCCACCAGACCGGUGUCGGAAGCAUGUUCAAGUCUCUGGCUUCAGUCCUUGGGAGUCAGCAGUAUGCCUAUAGGGGUGGCCCAUUUGGAAGACCACCUCCCAACUCUGUCACAGGGGUGAAGUAUUCUUCUUCUCUCUCUCUUGGUCCCGAUAUCUGCCGUCAGCAGGGCACCUCCCCAACCUCUGGAUCCACCACACACCCGGGGUACGGGAGCUCCCCCCAAAAUACCACCCACGUUACCUCAGAUAAACCCCUCCCUCCUUCUGCUUCUCCUGAGGGUGAGGCAGGAUGGAAGGGUCCGAGAGAUGUUAGGGUGAAGACCGAAGAGGAAGAGCAUGCCGUCUGGAAAGAGAAGGGGGGAGAAAAACAAAUGGCAGUCCAUUUCGGAGGAGAGGGGAGGAACCAAGCUUCCCCCAACUCCGGCCCUGCAGGGAUGGAAUCAAAGAAUGCAGGAUUCCGUGGCGAAAUGAAGCUGACCACCAUCUCGGAGUCUUCGCUUGCCGAGCUUGGCCGCAGCUGCGAGGUUCUGCUGACCCGGCACGCUAUCCCGACCGGGACCGGCUGUCGAGUCAAGAUGGAGAAGGAAGACCAGGAGAUGGAUGUUCAGAAGACCGUGAGGGAGAAGCGAAGGGAGCGGGAGAGGGAGCGGGAGAAGAGUCUGAAAAGGAAGCACGACCGAGGCAGCAGCAGGAACAGGAAACACCAGGACAGGAAGGACAGGAAGAGAAAGCACAAAGAAAAGAGAGAAGAGAUGUCGCUCUCCUCCUCCUCCUCUUCUCGCUCCAGCUCCAGUCGGCGGCACAAGGAGGGCAAACGGCACAAGGACAAGAAGAGCCGGCAGGUCUUGGGGAACCUCGAUCUGCAAAGUAAAGAGAUCCGCGAGAAGCCCCGGCCGAGAGAGGAGGACGCGGACGCGGGGGAGGAUCGGAGGUCAGAGGAUCGGGAGGCGGCGGCCGGCGAUGGAGAGGCAGUGGACUCAAGGCAGCCCAAGACGUCUAUGAUGACCUGUGGCGCUAGCUCUGCCUCCACCCUGGGCGCGGCGGACUUCCUGAAGCUCAGGGCCAUGUCCGACGGGCCGCCCAAAGAGCUGAAGAUCCGACUGAUCAAGGUGGAGAGCGGCGACCGGGAGACCUUCAUCGCCUCCGAGGUAGAGGAGAAGAGGAUCCCUCUGGUGGACAUCAGCAUCAAGAACACUGCCUCGGAGGUCAUCCGGGCCUGCAAAGGGGCGAGGAUAAAGGGGAAGUUCCGGGAGUCCUACCUGCUCCCCGCUUUCUCCGUGAAGCCUGUCAAGACCACGGACCAGCUCAUCCCUCAGGAGAAGCUGAACCCCCCAACGCCCAGCAUCUAUCUGGAGAGCAAGCGAGAUGCCUUCUCCCCCGUCCUGCUGCAAUUCUGCACAGACCCCAAAAACCCCAUCACCGUCAUCCGAGGCCUUGCGGGAUCCCUCCGACUGAACUUGGGCCUGUUCUCCACCAAGUCCCUGGUGGAGGCGAACGCGGACCACGCGGUGGAGGUGCGCACGCAGGUGCAACAGCCGGCAGAUGAGAACUGGGACGCCAGCGGCUCGUCCCAGACCUGGCCCUGCGAGAGCAGCCGCUCCCACACCACCAUCGCUAAGUACGCACAGUACCAGGCCUCCAGCUUCCAGGAAAGCCUUCAGGAAGAGAAGGGCAGUGAUGAAGAGGAUGAUGACGAUGAUGAUGAUGAUGAAGAGAGGAAGAAAGCCGAUGCCCCAGAGGCACCAGUCAACCCCCUCUCAGCCACCAGCACCACCAACACCAGCACUGAACAGAAACCAGUAGGGAAGAUCAUCAAAUUCGGCACCAACAUAGACCUCUCUGACGCCAAGAGGUGGAAGCCGCAGCUGCAGGAGCUGCUGAAGCUCCCGGCGUUCAUGCGCGUGUCCUCCAGCGGGAACAUGCUGACCUACGUGGGCCACACCAUCCUGGGCAUGAACAGCGUGCAGCUCUACAUGAAGGUCCCGGGCAGCCGAACACCAGGGCACCAAGAGAACAACAACUUCUGCUCUGUCAACAUCAACAUCGGGCCCGGGGACUGCGAGUGGUUCGCUGUGCACGACAUCUACUGGGACUCCAUCAGCAACUUCUGCGAGAAGCAUGGAGUGGACUACCUGACGGGCUCGUGGUGGCCGGUUCUGGAGGACCUGUACCGGGCCAACAUCCCCGUGUACCGCUUCAUCCAGCGGCCGGGCGACCUGGUGUGGAUCAACGCGGGCACGGUGCACUGGGUGCAGGCUGUGGGCUGGUGCAACAACAUCGCCUGGAACGUGGGCCCCCUCAACUCCUAUCAGUAUCAGAUGGCACUGGAGCGCUUCGAGUGGAACGAGGUGAAGAAGGUCAAAUCCAUCGUGCCCAUGAUCCACGUGUCCUGGAACAUUGCUCGAACCGUCAAGGUUUCUGACCCGGACACCUACAAGAUGAUCAAACACUGCCUCCUCCAGUCCAUAAAGCACAUUCAGAUACUGAGGGACCAGCUGGUGGCUGCUGGGAAGAAGAUCUCGUACCAGAGCCGCGUGAAGGACGAGCCAGCCUACUACUGCAACGAGUGUGACGUGGAGGUGUUUAACCUGCUGUUUGUGACGAGCGAGAGCGGGAGCAGGAAGACGUACGUGGUUCACUGCGAGGACUGCGCUCGCACGCGCAGCCCCAGUAUGGCUAACGUGGUGGUGCUGGAGCAGUACCGCACCGAGGAGCUGAUGAACAUCUACGACACCUUCACCCUGGCUCCAACACCCAGCUCACGAUGAGGACGACUCGUCUCUCAGCCAUAACCAAAACUCCUGCCUGCCAGGAUUACACAAGUUUUUUUGAAAGUUUUUUUUUUUGUUUUUAAUGCAAUUUGUUUUGGAAUUUUUUUUUUUUUUUGAAAGUUUUUUUUUUUUUUUGGUUUAUUUUUUUUAAAUUUUUUUUUUACUACUACUGCUAAUACUUGCCGAGCAGCCAAUCGAAAACCAGUUUACUAAAUGUUGUUUACAAUACCACAUCAGCCAAUAAAACUCCGGUUUACUGUCAUAUGCCCUGUCUACCAGCUGCGGAUUGGCUCUAAGGGACUCUGGUGGGAGGCGGUGCUUGUUGUUAUGGUAAUGACGGGAGGAUCAAAUGACUGAGGAGUUUAUUAUCUCAAUGGCAUGUUCUUCUUUUAUUUUUCUUGGUUAAGAAAAUGCUGAAAUGUGUAAAUGCUGUUUGAAUUUUCGUGGGGUGCUGUUUAAUUUUUUAAAAUUUUUAUUUAUUCAAUUUUUUAAAACUAGAUCAGCCUAGAUAUACCACAUUGGCCUUGUGACUGUAUUUAGAUACAAUGAUGAAAUACUAAUAAUAGAGAUAUGGACAUUUUUCUAAAGCAUUAAGAAUAAAAAAAAAAAAUACAAUUGUUUGGAAUGCUUCAAAACAUACGGGUUUUAAGAAGACUUUUUCUUGGUUUCAGUUGUCUUUUGAGAAUCUUGUGUGUUGUAAAUCUUGUUUUGCAUAAAUAUUUUAUUUCUGUAGGAGGGCCGUUUUAUUCUCACACCUUUUGCGGAUCACAUCGGGUCUUUCCCCUCACUUUUCCCGCGUUACGGAUUAUGAAUUUUGUUUGGUGAAUUUUUGUUCAUUAUACCUCCUGUUUUUUGUUCAUGGAUUAAUUCCUCCUCUGGAUUUUAAGAUUUUUAAAUUGUAAAUUGUGUUUUUUAUUUAUAUAUUUUGUUUCCUCUUCUAUUUAUUGGAUAUAAAUGUUCUCCCCUUUUUUUAUUCGGGAUGUCGGAAAUUUUAAAGCUUUUCUAUUAUUGUUCCUCUGUAAUAUUUGAAGGGGGAUUUUGGGGAAGGUUUUUUUUUUUUCCUGGUGCUUAACCUCUCCUUACCCCCCCCUCCUUUUUUCCAAUAUAUAAAUGAUAUAUCUAUAAAUAUAACUUCACCUUCUCUGUAGAUCGUAGAGCCCAGAGCUGCAGUAGAUCAGAACUAAUCGAAAGCCGUCUUUGUACCCGAAAACACAUUUUCCUACACAAGAAAUUGUCUUGUUUAAUUUUAACUGUUUAAAAAAACAAAAAAAACAAGGGAUUUUGAAGGUGCUGAAGUUUCUCUGAACUUUUUCUUUUUUUUAAAAAAAAUCUAUUUUUCCUGUUGCAAUAUACAUUUCCCUUCUUUGUGUUCAUUUAAACUGCACUGUUUAGAGAAUUCACACACCAAACAAACUGAGCCAGACAUGUCUUAAAACACUUUGUGAAUUUGUGUGACAUUUACAACGUAUUAAUAAAAGCUUUUGAUAAACCUA